AAUAUAAUUUUGGCCGCCCCUCUAUGGGCCGAUCCAUUGACGUACAUAGUGGUACUGGUUGGUCGAUGUACGUCCAGCGUGUCGGACGACGAUGGCAUGUAGGAGCGUAUGGAAUGACCGGGACCGCAACAAACCUUUGCUUGUGUCGGUGGCAGUCCAUGCCUGAUCCCGCCACUUGACCCUCCAUCAACGCCUUUCGCGCGCUGCCCUGGCUCUGCUCGUCUGAGCUAGAGCACCGACGAUGACCAUCACGAACGUGUCCGUCGCUGCAGAUGGACGUGCCGAGGACGACGAGAACAGCCCAUUUCUCUCGAUCAUAGCAAGAGAGCAGGAGGAAACCAGCCGGGCACGCGCGCGGCAACCUCGCCCAGGGUCCUCGAGAAGUGGAGGGCGCAAAGAAGAGAACGAAGCGCAAAAACAACGGAAAGACGACUACCUCGUCGGCAUCUUACUAUUGCUACUCGUAGUUUUGCUCUGGACCGGGUCCAACUUUCUGACUAACACUGUUCUGACACACGGCUACCAUAAGCCGUUUGCUGUGACAUACUUCAACACAUCCUCAUUUUUCCUCUACCUCAUCCCCUUCUGUUUCCUUAAAGCAACUUCCAAGAACAACGCCAAAAGGCAAGAAAGGCGGGCAGACGACAUCGAAGAGCAGAAUGUCAUGCGCUGGUGGGAGAAGCUGGGCUUCCGAUUGCCAGAGGGAUAUCAGAUCUCUCUCAACCCGACAGAACAUGGCGGAUAUCUAUCCAUACCAAGCACCAACGGCAAUGUAGAAGACGACGCGUGCGCGCCAGCAGUGACGCAUUGCCACAGGACGGAAGGUGCAGCGGGGACGGGCUUCGGACCACACGCCGCGACGGAGACGCUCUUACGUGGUCGUCUUUUGUGCAACAGCUCUUCUGUCGACAUCUUGCGCUCUGCGACUUUUGCUCCGCGGCCAUCUUCCAUCGAUGGCCGAAGGCCCGCGUCCAUCCUCUCUGUCUCUGGAGGCGCUGCCGCGGGUUCGCACACCUCUCGAAGGCCGUCCCAGGACAGGGCAGGCAGCAAUGCUGGCUCCGACACCUUUCCGGAUCAGCUUGCGCUCGCAGCAUCAUCCGGGGACGCGGCAGUUCCAGUUUCGCCACGUCUCCCUCCGCUUACUCUUCGGCAGACCUCAUUCCUCUCCUUGCAAUUCACCCUCGUCUGGUUCCUCGCGAACUACAGCUUGAACGCCGGCCUGGGCCUCACUUCCGUCGCUUCAGGCACAACGCUGUCAUCCGCGAGUGGCUUUUUCACGCUUGCGCUCGGCACACUCUUUGCCGUCGAACGCUUCACGUGGACCAAGCUCGUUGCUGUCGCCAUCAGUUUUACUGGUGUUGCAAUGGUCACUUGGGCUGACGCUGGUUUGAUUGAUCGGAUUGAGAUCGGGAAUGAUGCGACUCUUCUUGGCACCCUGGCUGCACCGAUCAAUGUUAUCGCCGGCGACUUGCUCUCGCUUGCGUCUGCAUUUUUCUACGCCAUUUACGUGACGCUCCUCAAGCUCAAAAUCGGUUCUGAAGACAGGGUUUCUAUGCCGCUCUUCUUUGGCUUCGUCGGCCUCUUCAACAUCACACUUCUCUGGCCAUUUGGUCUCCUCCUGCACCUGACGAAACUCGAGCCUUUCGCCUGGCCCUCAGACUGGCUUACCUGGGCAGGCGUAGCGACAAACAUGGCGAUUACGUUCACGAGCGACUUUGCUUAUCUACUCGCUAUGCUUAAAAGUAGUCCGCUCAUCGCUACUGUCGGCCUAAGCUUGACGAUCCCGCUCGCCGUUAUCGGCGACGUGCUGCGCGGGAGCCAUUCUGGAGGCACACAAGCCAUCAUUGGCAGCGCUAUGGUCCUGCUGAGCUUCGUUGCAAUUGGCCUGGCAGACAAUGCUCUGAUAGAUUCGCAAGAUAACGAUACCUUCAGCUCAGAGCUGUCUUUACAAGGGGAGGAAGACGAUUGAAGUCAUUCCCUUGAUGAGCUAUUGCAUCGCAUGUGGAGACCCGUUCACGCUAGAACUGUUUCAUGGGUAAAACGCAAAUCUGAUUAUUAUUGAG